AUGUAAGCCAUGGGAUUAUUUGAUUUUCUGGAUGGAAUUCCAGAUGAUUAUGUUCCAAAACAAAGAAUGACAGCAGAAGAAACAGAAGAAGCCUUCAUUUAUCUCAAAAAUCAUCCUCUCUUUAUAGAUCAUAUCCCAGAAGACAUUGAAAACUAUCCUGAAUUAUUAGCAUUGUAAAAUCUCUAAUAUGAUGAUACACCUGUUAACAUUGCUACAUCAUUACUCAAAAAUGCAAAUGAAAUUAUGAAAAAAGAUGGAGAUAAGAAAUAUUUCUAAAAGAAAGCUUAUGAAGUUUAUACUGAUGCAAUUGAAUAAGAUUGUGGAGAUAAAGAACUUAUGGCUAAAUUAUUUAGUAAUAGAGCUUUAAUUUCUUAUAAAUAAAGUAUUCUAUCAAAUUAUAUCAUUAGAAAACUAUAAAUGUGCAAUCUAAGAUUGUAAAUGGGCAAUAGAAAAUGAUCCUAAAUUUAUAAAACCUUAUUUUAGAUGUGCAUAAUGUCUGUAUCAAAUACUCCAUUUCAGUGAGGCUCUAAAAUUUUGCAAUCUUGCACUAGAAAUAUCUAAAGAAAAAGAAAUUGAAGAACUUAAAAAAUUAAUUCUUUAAUAAAUUGAAAAGCAAGAAAAAAAAAAUGAAGAAGAAAAGAAAUUAUAAUAAUUAUAUGCUAUUUGUAAUUAGAAAGGUAUAAGAAUGGGUCCCUCUAAAAUAACUUUGCCUCCAGAAUAUCAAGUAUAUGAAUUUUAAACAACUUUUAGCCAUAAAAAAUAUCAUUAGAAUAAGUUAGUCCUCCUAUUUUAACUGUUCCUAUGUUAGUCACUUACCCUGAAUUUAAAUAAAGAGACUUCAUUUAAUAUUGCUCAGAAUAAACAAAACUAUAUUAAAUCUUGGCCCCAUUAUUUCAAACUCCUUUGCCAUGGGAUCAAGAUCAAAAAUACAACUUGAAUAAUAUUGAAUGCUAUAUUGAAUUAGAUGAUGGAAAUUAUGCCAAAUUGAACAUUAAGGCCAAAAUGCUCUCCAUCAUGUAAGGUUACAAAGUAACUGUGAGAGAAUUUAUAGAAAUACUUUUAGUCUGUCCAGGUACAAAUUAUUACUAGAAAUAAUUCAGAUCAGAAUAUCAUAUAUUAAAUGAUUAAUGA